AUGCAAGGUCCGGUUCACAUGAGGAGACACAGGAGGAGACACGCAGAAGGAGACACAGGAGGAGACACAGGAGGAGACACACAGGAGGAGACACAGGAGGAGACACGCAGAAGGAGACACAGGAGGAGACACAGGAGGAGACACACAGGAGGAGACACAGGAGGAGACACGCAGAAGGAGACACAGGAGGAGACACAGGAGGAGACACAGGAGGAGACACAGGAGGAGACACAGGAGGAGACACACAGGAGGAGACACAGGAGGAGACACAGGAGGAGACACACAGGAGGAGACACAGGAGGAGACACAGGAGGAGACACACAGGAGGAGACACAGGAGGAGACACAGGAGGAGACACAGGAGGAGACACAGGAGGAGACACAGGAGGAGACACACAGGAGGAGACACAGGAGGAGAUACAGGAGGAGACACACAGAGAGACCAUAG